AUGAUUAUAUUAAUAAUUACUGCCAUUGUUUGGCAAAUAAAUGCACAACAACCACCAUUCAUUCCCCCUCAGAAUAUCAAUGGAACAUUUGGGCUUCAAUUAAAUUCUUAUCCAUCUCCUCAACAUUUAUUUCAAUAUCAAAGACAGCAACAACCUUCAGAUUACCGUCAACAACAGCAAUAUGCUGCUGAUGGUCAUUAUUUACAACAACCUCAAUAUAAUAGUCAUUACCAAAAUUCUUUUCAACCACCGAAUAAAUGGCAAAAUGAACAAAAGCUAGAAGAUGAUGAUUCUAAAGAAGAAAAUAAUUUUCUUUUAAAACAAAAUAGUAAUAACCGUCAAUAUCCUCAAAGAGUUCAUUUUGAUCCAAAUAAUAAUUUGCCCUAUCUUCAUGAUCGGCAACAACAAAAAUACAAUCAAAAAUUUUAUGGAGGAUAUAAUAAUCAUUUAAACGGGCAAAAUAAUCCUUCAUCUUUUGAUUUCGAGAACGAGGCGGAUUCUUAUAAUUCCCCUUAUAAUUAUGGAAAUAUGCAAAGGCCAGUAAAUCCAAAUAUGCAAACACAUCAAUAUACCGGCCAGCAACAUUCGUAUCCGGCUGGUCCAUUAAAUCCACAUUAUCGCACAGGAAUUGUUUACCCAGAAGGGCAAAGGAAUUUAAACAAUCAUAAUAAGCCUUUUUGGUUUAAUGAUGCAAGAAAGGAUAAAAAAAUAAAUAAUUUUUGGAGUUUAGUAGUUUUUGGAAUUUUAAUUUUGUUUAGUUAA